UUAUAAAGCAUUACAGAAGCGUCAUUUAUACUCAGAAAAUUUAAUUGAUUAAACCAUGGACGACACAGUGUUAAAAUUCCCAAACGAAAUAUAUGACAAAGCAUUAGAAGAAGUUGUCAGCAAGCAACUGAACCUUUCUAAAGGAGAAUAUGAAAUAAAGUUUAAAGAAGGAUCAUCAAAAGGUGACAACUAUAAUGGAAUUAUUUAUCGUGUAGAAAUAAUCAAGAAUGAGGAAGUAAAGUUGAGUAUUAUUGUGAAACUCCCACCAGACAAUCCAGCAAGACGAGAAGAAUUUUUAAUCCAUAAAAGCUUUUUCCAAGAAGCUGACUUUUAUGACAACAUCUAUCCAAUGUACAAAAAGUUUCAAGAGGAUAAAGGAAUUGAUGUCCAGAAAGACGGGUUUUUCCAAGUUCCAGUAUGUUACAAAACCUUACCAGAUGAUCCUCAUGAAGGAUUAUUUUUUGAGGAUCUCAAAGUCACUGGCUUCUCAAUGUUUGAUCGCAAGAGAGAUCUUACUAAGGAUCACAUAUUUCUAGUCAUUGAAGCACUUGCCAAGAUGCAUGCAACUUACUUUUCUAUCAAGGAUCAAAAACCAGAGCUUGUUGAAAAAUACAAAGACAUUGAAGAUUACAUUCUCAAGCAAUGCCGUCGUAAAGAAGCCGCAAUGAAAAUAUUUAAUGAAAAAAUGAAGAAUCAAGCACUUGAUGUACUUAAAUAUUGCAAAAAUGAGGAGCUUGUUAAGCGUGUAAGAGAAGUAUUGAGUCCAGAAUUGCAUCUUUUAUUAGAAGAAGGCAAUGAUGUUCAAGCUGCUGAGCCUUAUGCGAUUUUGUGUCAUGGUGAUUGUUGGAUGAACAAUGUCAUGUAUCAGUAUGAUGAGAACGGAAUUCCAAAAACAUGUAUACUGCUUGACCACACAAUUAUGAGAACCAAAAGUUUACGAGAUAAAUACUACAACGAAUUCAUGAGUGUGUACUUUGAUAAGUUAUCAAGCUUCAUGCAACGGUGGGUUUGAUUUUUUUUUUGUCGAAUGACUUUACAAAAUUAUUAAAUUGCUGUUCACAGGUUGGGUUCUGAUCCAGCAAUCGUUUUUCCACGCGACAUUUUUGAAAGUCAUUUAAAGAAAUUUGGAAAGUUUGGACUUGCAAUGGCAAUAAUCUUGGUUCCAAUGGUUACAAGUGAUGCCGAUGAUGCGCCAGAAAUUGACGAUGUUGCGGAUGCUUUUAAAGAUAAUAAAGAUCAAUCAGGUGACGUGAUGAAUUUUACAACAGCUAAGACAUUAAAGGUCUACGAACAAAGAAUGAUGGGAAUUUUUGAAGAUAUGUACAAUUACGGCUAUAUAUGAGAAUCACAAAUUUUAAUGUAAUCAUAAUCAGCACGCGUAAUAACAGCAAUAAAGAUUAAACUACCUCAUGAC